AUGGCCGAAGAAUUCAUCGCCCUUCAAAAACAGGGAACAUGGACUCUAGUACCCGUUCCCAUCAAUGCACCAAUUCUUGGAUCAAAGUGGACAUACCGCACAAAAUGCAACUCGGACGGGUCCGUGGCUCGCUUCAAAGCAAGAUUGGUAGCUCAAGGGAACCAACAAGAAUACGCGUUGGAUUACAACGACACCUUCUGCCCAGUUGCAAAAUUACCAACCAUUCGCAUUCUAUUCGCUGUCGCUCUCUUCUACCAAUGGCCGGUUCAACAGCUCGACGUCUCAAAUGCGCUUCACGGCAAUCUCACCGAAACGAAUAAGGAACGAUCCCCUUUCCAUAGAUCAAUAGCGAAUCCGGCAUCCAUUGCCUCACACACCGAAGUCCAUUCCGGCAUUCUCCAUUCUCAUCAGAGCAAUCAAAUCGUUAAAGUCCUCAAGGCAAAUGGAUUCAUCAUCUUUCUUGAUCCUCAAACGGCUUCCGCGUCGUCCACAAAUGCAUCAGUAAAUGAAAAUACAGAUCCAAAUCAAGAUUCCUCCAGCUGGCUAGUCAUCGAUCAAAACCUGGCUGCCGCAUUGUGCUCCACCAUCUCCCCUUCGGUUCUCUCAUAUGUUCUCCAUCUUGAAUCUACGAACGAGAUAUGGUGUGCACUGCAGACAAGGUUUCAAUCUUCAAACAGGUCCAAAGUUAUCCAGCUCACGAAAGAGCUUCACAACGUUUCCAUGAAGAAUCUUUCAAUGUCUCAGUACCUAACUGAGAUCAAGAAGAUUGUAGACAGCAUUGCCUCGGCGGGAUCAUCCGUCGAUCCCGAGGACGUUAUGAUAUAUAUUCUGAACGGAUUACCUCCUUCCUACCUACCGUUCACUACAUCCAUCCGUACGAUGCAAUCCUCUCUCAGUCUUGGUAGUCUUUACGCUCUCUGA